AUGGCACAGGACUACAGCGAGUACCUGGCCGUCAACGUGCUCAACGAACAGCAAUAUGUAUGCAAUGUCUUGUAUGUAUGCAACGCCAUGCAAAUCAGUACUGACACGAACCAGGUCAGCUAUCGAAACCUCAGCAGAGCCUUGAAGGUCCAUUGCAAUCUUGCCAAGCAGUACGAAUACUCCGAGCGUGUGUAUUGGGAUAGCGCUGAUAUAUACGUAGGAUGCUGUAUGACUUCCAUCACAAACAGAACAGCAAAAAGCCCGGCAGCGUCCACGCAACCUACAUUAUCACCGGAACGAAACGCGCAGUCCAGCAGGCCAAUGGCGUGCAGAGUCAAGACGAUGAUGAAGAUGCCGUCAUGCAGAGCAGUCCACCUCUACCCAGCAGCUCCAUGCCCAAGCCCGAAGAAGAGCCCGAGCAAGCUGUGCCGGUCAAGUCGAUCAUGCUGGUGAAAGAAGAGCACAUGGAGCAAGCCAGAGAGCUGUUCGAAACCAUCACGGGCAUGCAUAUAUACAGUCUGCAAGCAAAAGCUUUGGGAGAUGUGCAUGUCUUGACAGACUGCAAUCGUAGAGUGGCAGCCGACUAUGCCUCCGAGGACCCACUGAAAGAAUGGAAGCAGUAUGGCACAAUACAGAACCCCAAUGUGAGGAGGAGAACUGGAAAGAGACCACCUCCACAACCGACGACAUCAGCGACAAAACCAGAUGCGGUGAAGGCUAGAAUAACUGCGGCCGCCGCGGCCAAAUCCAGCGCAGCAGAGGUCUUAUCUGCGUCGAAGACUUCUCCCAAGGAUACGACUCCUGAGCCUGUCAAGAGCGCAACGAACAAGCCCACUGCUGCUAAGAAAUCAGAGUCAGGGCUCUUCAAAGCGUUCGCCAAAGGCGCAGCAAAGCCGAAGAAAGCAGAGCCUGAAAAGCCGUCAAAACCUGGUGCGCACGCAGAGGACGUUCCGAUGACGGGAUUCUCAGACGAUGAAGACGAUGAUGGUGAAGACGGCGGGCUUCCAGAGGAGCUGGCAGACGUGAAAGCUCCGUCUGGUAAAUCGAAGAGUGAUCGUGAGGCGGAACUCAAGGCUAUGAUGGAGCAGGAGGACGAGCCCAUGGAGGAUGCUGCCGCGCCAGCAGAGGAGGAGCUAGAAGCGGAGGAAGAGGUCAAGCACGAGGAAGGCGCCAUCGACAAAGUAGAGCCGCAAGAGAAGCAAGAGCGCAAAGAGCAUGUUACGGUCGAGAACGGACGGCGGCGAGGUAGGAGACGAGUCAUGAAGAAGAAGACUGUCAAGGAUGAGGAUGGCUAUAUCGGUAAGUCAGCUCCACCUAUUGCAUGUCGCGUAUCACUAACAACAUGCAGUCACGAGAGAAGAGCCAGCCUGGGAAUCCUUCUCAGAAGAUGAGCCCGCGCCCAAGAAACCGAAGGUUCAGGCUCCCAUCAGCAACAAGCCCGCCCCUGGUGGCAAGAAAGGUGGAAAGCCCGGCCAAGGCAACAUCAUGUCGUUCUUCAAGAAAGGCUAA